AUGCGAUCGCCGGCUGGGGUGGGGACAGGAGCCCCCGGACUCCUGUGGCUGCUGCUGCUGCUGGUGAUGUCCCACUCAGCCCGCGCAGCCAUCCUGGAGGUGAACGGAAACCUGAACUGUAGGUGCGUAAAAACAACUUCGGACUACCUCAGUCCAAAGAGAUACGAAAGCAUUGAGAUAAGACCUGUGGGAAGCACCUGCAGACGUACAGAGAUCAUAAUUAAAUUAAAAGCCUCAGGGAAGGUGUGCGUGAAUCCUGACGCCCCUUGGGUAAAGAAACUGCUGAAGCGUAUUGCUAGCACCUUCGAAGAAACUCGGCAGAGCUUCUUGAUAAACCCCACCGUCGUAGCCUUCCUGGAGCUGAAUUUACCGUCAUUUGCAUCCGGUGCUCUUGUCUUGACGCUCUUUCGCAGACAUGCCGCAGGCAUUAAAAUGUGCGUUCGAAUACACCUCAGGCGAGGUAUUUCUGUCAUAGGUCUGUCGCUGGAGAGCCUGCUGACCAACAUGAGGUGCAAGUGCAUCAAAUCGACUGCCCAGGUCAUCAACUUGGGGCUGAUCCUUGCCAUCGACGUUACGCCGCCAGGUAUUCACUGCAGGAGGAAGGAGAUCAUUCUCACCCUGAAGAAAAACAAGAAGGUGUGCGUGGCCCCCGAGGCGCCCUGGAUCCAGCUGCUCAUCCACAAGCUGACGCAGAGGUACGCAACGCCCAGCGACCGAAAAACAAGCAGCAUACCAAACGCGUUGGCAGGAUGA